GAAUCCCACCACAAGCUUCAGCACCACUUCCUCUUCCCCCCAACCACACCUCUCUCGGAGCUAGGCGGAGCGGCGAUGUCUGGGCGCGGCAAGGGCGGCAAGGGGCUGGGCAAGGGCGGCGCCAAGCGCCACCGGAAGGUCCUCCGCGACAACAUCCAGGGCAUCACCAAGCCGGCCAUCCGGAGGCUGGCCAGGAGAGGCGGUGUGAAGCGCAUCUCCGGCCUCAUCUACGAGGAGACCCGCGGCGUCCUCAAGAUCUUCCUCGAGAACGUCAUCCGCGACGCCGUCACCUACACCGAGCACGCCCGCCGCAAGACCGUCACCGCCAUGGACGUCGUCUACGCGCUCAAGCGCCAGGGCCGCACCCUCUACGGCUUCGGCGGCUAGGUUCCCCGAUUCCGCUGGCGGCAGUAGCAGUAGUACGAAUGUAUCGGGUGUCCUCUGUGGUAGGUGGGAUGUACCACUGAUUUCGCGUGCGUUGUUGUGUUCCAUGUUCAGUUGGCUGUAAUACCUUGUUGCGGUCAAUGAAACCAGUUAUGUUCUGAAUCC